AUCCCCAUCAACAACAUCCCUUUUAUUCACUUCGGACUCGGUUCGCAUCACAGUCGCUAUUCCAUAGCAAAAUGGCGGCAAAUGCCAGAUAUGAGCCCGCUCCCCAGCGCGACUCCUUUGACGAGCACGCUUACUCUCAACCCCCGCCGUCUUAUCAGGCAACGGCCAACCCCUCGCCAGCGCCACGCGGUGAGGACGACAAUGUCCCCGAUGACUUCAAGUUCGGUGGCACCGUCGCGGAGGGCACCCUGCCCAUCCGGAUGCAGUUUAUCCGCAAGGUCUAUGCAAUCCUAACCGCCCAACUCCUACUCACUACUAUCAUGAGCUCCAUCUCCUUCUUCAGUCCCAACUACCGCCUUUGGAUCCAAACCAACUCCUGGCUCAUGUUUGUCUCCGUCUUUGGCGCCCUCGGCUUCAUGCUCGUCACCUACUGGAAGCGCAAGUCCUACCCGGCCAACCUCCUCUUCCUCUCGGGAUUCACUCUUCUCGAAGCCUACUCCAUUAGCGUCGUCACGUCCUUCUACAGCGCCCGCAUCGUGAUCCAAGCCCUAAUCUUGACCCUGGGCCUGUUCGUCGCCCUGACCCUCUUCGCCUGCCAGACCAAGUACGAUUUCACCAGCUGGAUGCCCUACCUCUUCGGGAGCUUGUGGUUCCUGAUCCUCUUUGGGUUUGUCGCCGUGUUCUUCCCGGCAAACAGCACCGUCGAGCUCAUCUACAGCGGUCUCGCGGCGUUGAUCUUCUCGGGCUACAUCUUGGUUGAUACGCAGUUGGUGAUGAGACAUUACCAUGUCGAGGAGGAGAUUGCGGCCUCGAUCUCGCUGUACCUGGAUAUCUUGAAUCUGUUCUUGGCAAUUCUGAGGAUCUUGAAUAACCAGAGCAACAACUAAAUCAACCGACCCGAGAGUGAUGAUUCUAGUGGCAGUGACCAUGGCCAGAUUGAUCGGUAGGUUGAUAAGGUGGUCUGGUUUGAAAUGACUAUUAGGCACGAUAAAUACCUGAACUGCUUGGCUUCACUUGUAUUGCGUAAUGAUCCGAUUGUCCCAUUAAGUUAGUUAGUUAGCUUAGCUUCAACUAUUCUCUUUCAAUUCUAUUUCCCUUACCUCCCC